AUGAGGAAACAAAGGAAAACAGAUGAAGAAAGAAGUGAAGGGCAUAUAAUAUCUAUCUAUCUAUCUAUCUAUCUAUCUAUCUAUCUAUCUAUCUAUCUUCGCUUCUUGUUUUUUACCUCACCCGUCAACUUAAUUACUGGAACACUCGGCGAAGAUUACUUUUAUACCUGUGAUUCGUGCUUCCAAUCUAUUCAUGAUACAACCAAGCGUCCAUUCCAUUUGGACGUUUCAUUCAGGAGGUGGGUGAUCCUACUUUCCAUGCAUUUUUUUCUUCUCUUUCUUCUUUUUCUUUCUUUUUCUCUUUCUUUUUCUCGCCUUUCUUUCCCGUCUUCUGACACUUCUUCUUCAUCUACUUAUUUUUCUUCAACUUUUUUCUUAUUAUUUUUCUUCUUUUUCGUCUUCUUUUUUUUCUUCCACUUCGUUGUUUUCUUCAUCUUUUUCUUCCUUUUCUUCUUUAAUUCUUCUCUUUUUUCCUAUUUCUUCUUUUUCUUCUUUCUUCUUCUUCUUUCUUCUUCUUCUUCUUCUUCUUCUUCUUCUUGUUCUGCCUUCUUCUGCCUUUUUUCUUUCUUCUUCUUCUGCCUUCUUCUUCUUUCUUCUUCUUCUUUCUUCUUCUUCUUCUUCUUCUUUUUCUUCUUUCUUCUUCUUCUUUCUUCUUCUUCUUCUUCUUGUUCUUCUGCCUUCUUCUGCCUUUUUUCUUUCUUCUUCUUCUGCCUUCUUCUUCUUCUUUCUUCUUCUGCCUUCUUCUUCUUUCUUCUUCUUCUUUCUUUCUUCUUCUUCUUUCUUCUUCUGCCUUCUUCUUCUUUCUUUCUUCUUCUUUCUUCUUCUUUCUUCUUCUUCUGCCUUCUUCUUCUUCUUUCUUUCUUCUUCUUUCUUCUUCUUUCUUCUUCUUCUUCUGCCUUCUUCUUCUUUCUUCUUCCUUCUUCUUCUUUCUUCUUCUUCUGCCUUCUUCUUUUUUCUUCUUCUGCCUUCUUCUUCUUCUUUCUUCUUCCUUCUUCUUCUUUCUUCUUCUGCCUUCUUCUUUUCUUCUUCUUCCUUCUUCUUCUUCUUCUUCUUCUUCUUCUUUUUCUUCUUCUUCUUCUUCUUCUUCUUUUUCUUCUUCUUCUUCUUCUUUUUCUUCUUCUUCUUCUUCUUCUUUCUUCUUCUUCUGCCUUCUUCUUUUUUCUUCUUCUGCCUUCUUCUUCUUUCUUCUGCCUUCUUCUUCUUUCUUCUUCUUCUUUCUUCUUCUUCUUCUGCCUUCUUCUUCUGCCUUCUUCUUCUUUCUUCCUCUUCUUCUUUCUUCUUCUUCUUUCUUCUUCUUCUUCUUCUGCCUUCUUCUUUCUUCUUCUUCUGCCUUCUUCUUCUUUCUUCCUCUUCUUCUUUCUUCUUCUUCUUUCUUCUUCUUCUGCCUUCUUCUUCUACUUACUUCUUCUUCUGCCUUCUUCUUGUUCUUCUGCCUUUUUCUUUAUUCUUUUUCUUCCUUCUUCUUCUUUCUUCUUCUUUUUUCUUUCUUUUUCUUCUUCUUCUUCUUCUGCCUUCUUCUUCUUUCUUCUUCUUCUUCUUCUUCUUCUUCUUGCGUCAUCCUUCCAAAACUCAACCCCUGCCUUCUUUUCCCGCCAUUCGUUUGCCUCCGAUACGUAA